AGGAGGGCCCGGCGAGGCCGUGAGAACCGCCCUAACGGGGCCCACGCCGCGGAGGCGCCCGCGCCCUGGCCGGGCCCGGCCCGGCCCGGCCCGGCUCCGGGAGGCUGGGUCGGAGCCGCUCGGUCGCCCGCGCCGGGCCACGUCCUGACGGAUCUGGGGCCACAGCGGUUCCCGCGGCUGCAGUUUCGUUACCGACGGACUAGACGACAGGCCGACGGGCACCGACCUGGUCCCGGUCCGUGAGAGAGGACGGCCCCGCGGGAAGGAGGAGCCAGAGGAGAGCGAGACGGUCGUGAAGACGCGAGGACGUGCGCCCAGUGGCGGCGGAGUCCGGGCACCGGCUCCGUCUGUGUCCGCGUGUCCGAGGCCCUCGGGGCCGAGCCUCCGUGCCGCCCGCGCGGGGCGCUCCACGUCGGGCAGCCGCGGGCGCCAGGGCGCGGAGCGGGAGACGCGCGGGAAGCGGAUUCUCGGCCGAAUGGGAGCGGGUGGGCGGCGGCCCGGGGGCCGCUCGGCUUCGUGCUUCAACCGUGGAGUGUCGGUUCCUCCCCCUCCGCCCUCCGCCCUAGUGACUCCUUCUCGGGGGACGGGCCCCACGGGGUCGCGCGCCCUCGGCGCUGGGCCGUCGGGGGGGUCAGGGGGUCGGGGGGGGCCGUGGGAAGUGGAGGUGGGAGCCUGGGCUUCCCGCGGCGCCGGCUGCUCCCAUCUCGCGGGACGCGCUCCUCCGGGGGAAGUAUGGAACCUCAAGGUCUUGGUGAUAAUGGAAACAAAAAAAUUGAUUGGCAAAUCGCUUCAACCAGCAAGACCUGUUCGUCAUCUGACUUCUCCCUCUGGAGCAGUAUUCCCUUUCAACUUUCAGAAUGAAUAUCCAUGCAACACUCAGUACUUGCAAAGCGGAGUUAGCCGAUGUAAGACAAAUGGAAUGCAGGCCUUUUCUCCGGGCCUCAGCGAGCAAACGCAACAUCAGUCUCCAGUUAAAAAAGAGAGAAUUAAAUACAGCAGAGAUUUCCUGUUGAAGCUCUCCAGUGUUUCCAUCUGCAGGAAAAAACCAGACUUUCUUCCUGAUCAUCCCAUUGUACUUCAAAAACCAGAAAACAACCAAAGUUUUAAGGAGCACUUUAAGAACAGAUGAAUUUGAAGAUAGAUAAUUAUUUUAUGUUUUGGACACCUGCAAAUGAAGUGGAUCUAGUAACAAUAACUGUAAUGGACUGUGACAAUUCAAUUUAUUUUUAAUUUUGAUGGUUGGGUAUUUGGUUUCUCCUAAAAUGAGAGAGAGAUAUUUUAAACUAUAAAGAAUUUUCUAAUCAGUUUCAGCUUUUCAAGCACUUUCCUAAAUAUAUUGGGAAGAAGCACUCACAAAUAAAAAUGUGGUUAGUGACAUGGGAAGACUGUACUUAUAAUUUGCAUGCUACUUUCAGUUUUUGUUUUUCAUCACUUGUAAUAAUGGAAUGGAAAUGGAAGCUGUAAAGAUUCUCAAAUAUAAAGAAUUUGCUGCGAUGUGUGUGGCACGGACUUGUUGCUAAA